UCGCGAUCGACGUGUUGGAGAGCCCUGCUCUAGAGUUUGUUGUGGUCUGUAAUGUGAUGAAAUUGCAAUUUCCAAUUAUUUCGAGUGCCCACGAAGGCAGCAAAGUAGCCGGCGUGCCAUACGUACUUGCAGGUGGGAAACCAGUACGUCAUCACGUACAGCGGGACGUUUCGGAGAAGAUAAACAAAAAGGAAGGAAGCCUUCGGCUGUACAAUCGCGGCAAACUCGGUUUUAAAAGGUUUAGCUUGCAAGCUUAAAUUAGCUUACAUGUGCCCUUGCAUAGAUAUAUAACAUUAUACGUUCUCAAUCAUGGAAGAGGGAAUAAUAUUUCGUAUGAGUGCAUUUUCGGAGCAAGGGGGGAGAAAAUACAUGGAGGAUGUUGUCGAUAUUAGGAUCGAGUACGAGCCGACUCAGUCGCCGACGACAGGCGAAGAUUACCCCAAAACGCAGGGACAUGGAGGACAGGGAAAGGCGGAGGGUGAAGCUACAAAACAGACUGAAAAUGAGACACACGACCAGGACGCUGCUGCCGAGUCCGGCCCGGCUUCUGCAAUGUGGGUAGAGAGUGUACCGAAUGAGGACAGUCACAACAGCAGCGCACCGGUCACAGAGGGAAAAACCUCGGAGCAUGCUGUUGACACUCGGAAGUCUGUGGCUUUUUUCGCUGUCUUUGAUGGCCACGGGGGUCGAGAAGCGGCACAUUUCGCCAGAGAGAAUCUGUGGGGGAUAUUGAAAAGGCAGAGGGGAUUUUGGUCGAAGGAUCACAGUGAAGUGUGUGCUGCGCUCAAGAAAGGCUUCAUCGCCUGUCACCAUGCAAUGUGGAAAGAGCUACCGGAGUGGCCGAAGACUAUCACCGGCCUGCCCAGCACAUCAGGCACCACAGCCAGCGUGACUGUGAUCCGCGGGGUUCACAUGUAUGUGGCCCAUGUGGGGGAUUCGGCAGUGGUGGUUGGAGUGCGAGAAAAUGACUCUGAUAUAACCCUCCAGGCACUUGAAAUAACACAAGACCAUAAACCUGAGCUUCCUAAGGAAAAAGAAAGGAUCGAGCGGCUGGGUGGCAGCGUUAUGAAGAAAUCUGGUGUGAACCGUGUAGUGUGGAAGAGGCCGAGGCUGACCCAUAACGGCCCUGUGAGGAGGAGCACAGUCAUUGACCAGAUCCCCUUCCUGGCUGUGGCCCGAUCCCUCGGUGAUCUUUGGAGCUACGAUUUCUACAGCGGGGAGUUUGUGGUUUCUCCAGAGCCCGAUACAACCAUGAUGACCCUUGACCCCAGUCGGCAUCACUUCAUCAUCCUCGGUAGUGACGGACUGUGGAACAUGAUGCCGCCCAAGAAUGCUGUCAAUAUGUGUUAUAGCCACGACAAAAUGGUGGGACCAAAGGGAAUGUCCUGCGCCCGCCGGCUGGGCUGCACCGCACUCCUUUUCUGGAAAGAGCGAAUGCUGCGUGCAGACAACACCACGGUUAUUGUCCUGGCCCUACAGGAGCGGGGGGGCCCGCCCAUCCCCAUGCACCGAGACGAGAUCGUGGUGGACAUGACUACAGGAAUGGACCACGUUCCCUUCCCAGGAACCACCUACAACACAUGUGUGGUCCCACAGGAGGAGCAUGAUGAGGAUGACAUGUUUUUUGGAGAAGAUGAGAUAUAUGGAGAAGAUCAUGAGGGAUGGCCGUGCCUGGAGUGGUAGUGAGCAGAGCGAUGCAGCUGCCUCCCCUUUUAAAGGAAGUUCCGCAGCUCUGGAGCAGGCGUUCGGGUUCUAUGAAGCGGCUCUCUGUGGCUCAGCGAGGGCCGCCCCGCACGCCUCGGACUGUUCACUGGAUGUCUUCGAAAAGCAAGACUCCAAAGUGGACUUUGCUGCUCCUGCUCCUCCGUUUAAAAGGUCUCGACGUUCCCACAAUGCCCCUGAACUUAUAGGUCCUCCAUCCUCUGGCAAAAGUUUCCCGGAGACACAGAGCAAUGUACAAAGUGAACAAUCUCGUGAAAAGAGGAGCUCCUCCGAGGAAAGCAGUCACCUGUCACAGCAACACAACGCUGCCUUGUGCGUGUGCUGAAUCUUGUCUUAUAGAAACAGUGUUUUUACCCCGAGGCUGAAAGGAUCCUCUGCAUCGUGUCAACUGCCAGAGGAAUAUACCUAGAUGUAUACUUUUUUAUUCCAAAUCCUUUAGUUUUUGUAAAUAUAUGGGAAAUCUGACAUUGUAAAUGUGUUGAUGUUCUCUUCCUUCCCCCUCCUUUUUAAUUUGAGCAAAUUUAAGAUCCAUUUAAUCUAUUUUCAUACUAUGAAAAGUAUGUAUAGUAUAUCCAAAAGAUGUAUUUUACAACCACAAUGUGAGAUAACAUCAGUUCAACAGCAUUGUGCCACAUGAAAUCUUCCAGAUUAUUCAACUUUUUUAGAUUGUUUGAACUGGUUGGAUGCUGUAUAAAAUGCCUUUCCUUUAUUUAGGUACCUCAGACCAGUUGUUUGGAAACCUGCUACUUAACCGCUGUUAGGGGUUAUUGUUAGAUUGUGUGCCAUAGAAACCCAUGGCAGUGUUUAAUGCUGUGGCGUGCAACAUAAUGAUACAACUGAAUGGUCUGGGGUAUGGAUUAUUACGUUUUUCAUAUUUGUUUUAUGUCUUAAAGGUGGCUUAUUUUGAAAUGUCUACAUCUAAUGCAUAGCUUGUGAUAAAGGGUAAUUUCACCCAAAUCAUAGGGAGAAAUAUAACAUAUAUUCUCUCACUUUCCCCAAUGGUAUGUAUUCAGUGCAUGUGUGUGAUUUUAAUGACCUUGUCAUGGUACUUUGCUAGACUUUUCUUUUUUUCUUUGCUGGAUCCAUUCCAAGCAUGAUUUGGCCAAUGAGUGUCUGUAAUGUAUUGGGUGCUGCUGAUGUAAAAGCCAAGAUCAAUACCUGUGCCUCACUGGAAGGUGCGUUAGAGUCUGCUUAUCCCUCGACUUUAGUUUGUAUAUCAUCCAUUUUAAAGGCCUAUUUCACCUACAGAUUGACCAUUAGUAUACCAAUUACUCACCCUGUGUAAAGUCUCAAGGUAAAGUCUUUUUAUUUAUUU